AUGUCAUCCAGUAAAUUUGGGUUGGGCGGUGAAAAGGUGCGUGUCGCGCAUCGAGCCAACGCCCAAACAACAAAUGUUCAAGCGGAUAUGGAUGUGAAAAAGGCGUUGUUGUCGAAAAUGAUAACAAGCACAUUGAAUGGCACAAAAAGUUCGGCUAAAUCUGGGGGGAAGAAGAUGGGGGCGAAAAGGGCGCGGAAGAAUGAGAGUGAUGAAAGUGAGGAUGAUUUUAUUGAUGAUGAAGGUGUUAGUGAUGAUGAGGAUGAUGAUUUUGAGAGGGAAGAUUUGGAGGAGGAAAAACAGAGAAGAAAGGUGGCGGUGAAGAAGAAGGUGAGUGUUUUUGGGAGGGAAAAUCGAAAAAAAUUGUGAAAAAUCGAUAAUUUUGAGCUGAAAUUCAUGAAAAAUGUGAUUUUUGAUGAAAUUUGACUCAAAAAUGAUGAAAAUUGAGGAAAUCUAGGCUUUUUGAGCUGAAAAUGAUGAAAAAUCGAUAAUUUUCAAUGGAAAAUGUCAAAUUUGCUUCCAAAUUCUAGUUAUAGUCUAAAAAUUGUGAAAAAUCGAUAAUUUUGAGCUAAAAUUUAGGAAAAAUGUGAUUUUUGAUGAAUUUUGAUCUGAAAAUGAUUAAAAUUGAGGAAAUCUAUGCUUUUUGAGCUGAAAUUGAUAAAAAUUGAGGUUUUAGACCUUAAAAUGCUGAAAAAUCGAUAAUUUCCAAUGGGAAAUGUCAAAUUUGCUUCCAAAUCCUAAUUAUAGUCUAAAAAUUGUGAAAAAUCGAUUAAUUUGACUGGAAUUAACUGAAAAUUUGAUUUUUGAGCCAAAAAUCGAUAGUUUUCACCGGAAAAUUCCCAAAUUUCGCUCCAAAAAUUUAAUAUUUUCCGCAUUUCCGCAGGCUUCCGCUUCCGCAACCGACGAACAAUCUCCACCCGAAGUUCCCAAACGAAAACAACGAACUUUGUCGGAUUCUUCAGAAGAUGAAGUUGACACGUGGCACAGUAAACCGAAAUUCGAAAAUUCUUCGAGCAAAAUGAAAACGAAAGCUUUUCAAAAAAAAGUGACGCCAAAAAAGAAGAAAAUUGUGAUUGAAGAGAGUUCUGACGAAGAAGAAGAGGAAAAAAAUUCAAAUUUGAAAUUGGCGCCAAAAGAUGAGGCGGAAAGCGAAGAGGAUACAGUACCCAAAAAGAAAUCGAAGAAAAAAGUGGAAUCUGACGAGGAUUAUUAUAAUGAGGAAGAAGAACUUGGAGAUAAUUCGGAUGAGGAGAGAGACGCAGAGGGAAGCGAGACACCAGACAGCGAUAGUGAUGCAGAGGAGAGGAAGAGGAAGAGAGGCGAGACGGCGAGUCAGAAAAAAGCGCGGGAAUAUUUUAAUCGAGCGGAGAAAGAGGAUUUGUUGAUGCAGAAGGGGGUGAAUGAGAAGAUUGCUGAGUUUAUUUUGAAGAAUCGACCGUGGAAAGAGUAUCAGGAGAUGGUGAGCGGGGUUUUGGGAGGGAAAAUGAGCCAUUUUGAGCCAAAAUUCAUGAAAAAUGGAGGAUUUUGAGCUAAAAUUGAUGAAAAUUGAUGAAUUUUGAGCUAAAAUUGAUGAAAAUUGAUGAAUUUUGAGCUAAAAUUGAUGAAAAUUGAAGAAUUUUGAGCCAAAAUUCAUGAAAAUUGAAGGAUUUUGAGCUAAAUUUGAUGAAAAUUGAUGAAUUUUGAGCUAAAUUUGAUGAAAAAUGGAGGAUUUUGAGCCAAAAUUCAUGAAAAUUGAUGCAUUUUGAGCUGAAAUUGAUGAAAAAUGAAUUUUUUCGACCUAGAAUAGAUUUUUAAGCCAAAAUCCAUGAAAAAUGAAGGAUUUUAAGCUGAAAAUCACGAAAAAUGUGUUUUUUCGACCUAAAUUAGAUUUUUAAGCCAAAAUUCAUGAAAAUUGAUGAAUUUUAAGCUGAAAUUCAUUAAAAAUGAGGUUUUUCUUCCUAAUAAUGGAUUUUUGAGCUAAAUUUCAUGAAAAUUGAUUAUUUUUGUCAAAAAUCAUGAAAGUAGAGCUAAAAUUCAUGAAAAUGAGCCAUUUUGAGCCAAAAUUCAUGAAAAUUGAUGAAUUUUGAGCUAAAAUUCAUGAAAAUUGAUGAUUUUUGAUCCAAAUUUCAUGAAAAAUGGAGGAUUUUGAGCUAAAAUUCAUGAAAAAUGAUGAAUUUUGAGCUGAAUUUGAUGAAAAUUGAUGAAUUUUGAGCUGAAAAUCAUGAAAAUUGAUGAAUUUUGAGCCAAAAUUCAUGAAAAUUGGUGGAUUUUGAGCUGAAUUUCAUGAAAAUUGAAGGAUUUUUGAUCCAAAUGUGAUGAAAAAUGAAUUUUUUCGACCUAGAUUAGAUUUUUAAGCCAAAAUUCAUGAAAAAUGAAGGAUUUUAAGCUGAAAAUCAUGAAAAAUGAGUUUUUUCGACCUAAAUUAGAUUUUUUAGCCAAAUUUCAUGAAAAAUGAGUUUUUUUUACCUAGAUUAGAUUUUUUAAGCCAAAAUUCAUUAAAAUCGGAGGAUUUUGAGCCAAAUUUCAUGAAAAAUGGAGGAUUUUGAGCUGAAUUUCAUGAAAAUUGAUGAAUUUCAAGCUAAAAAUCAUAAAAUUCUCUAAAAAUUGACGAAAAUCUGAAUUUUCACCCCUGGUUUCUCCAAAAAAUCCCAUUUCAACCCAGAAAUUCGAAAUCUACGCUAAAUUUUGACAAAAGUUCACUAGCGGGUUCGAACCCGCCAUCUCUCAACCGCCAGACAUCUCUCUAACCGACUGAGCCACAUUUUUCCAGGAGAAAAAGGUGGCGGGAUCGAUCCCGCUAGUGAACAAAACACUUUUUUUUUUUGAAAUUUAUGUUUGCCGGAUCAGAAUUUUACGAGGAAUUCGAAUUUUUCACUGAAAAUUCUCAAAAAAAAUCGAUUUUUUCCCAGAUGACAAGUUUGAAAGGUGUUACACGUGGCAUAAAUGCGGUCGACGGAUAUUUGGAGCAUUUGGAGAAGCAGGGAAUUUUGAAACGGAUUCUGGACGAUUGCAAAGAUCACGCGAAUACGGUUGCACGGGAUUUUGAACGAUGCACCGAAGGACCGCUGAAUUUGAAAUUGAUUAGUGAAGGGUGAGCGAUUUUUGGGUGGAAAAGGGUGAAAAAUCGAUAAUUUUGACCUAAAAUUCAUGAAAAAUCGAUAAUUUUGAGCUGAAAUUCAUGAAAAUCGAUAAUUUUGAACCAAAAUUGAUAAAAAUUGAGGUUUUAGACUUUAAAAUGCUGAAAAAUCAAUAAUUUUGAGCUAAAAAUCAUGAAAAAUGUGAUUUUUGAUGAAUUUUGAGCUGAAAAAUCGAUAAUUUCCAAUGGGAAAUGUCAAAUUUGCUUCCAAAUCCUAAUUAUAGUCUAAAAAUAGUGAAAAAUCGAUAAUUUUGAGCUGAAAUUCAUGAAAAAUGUGCUUUUUGAUGAAUUUUGAUCCGAAAAUGAUGAAAAUUGAGGAAAUCUAGGGUUUUUGAGCUGAAAUUGAUGAAAAAUCGAUAAUUUGGAGCUGAAAUUCAUGAAAAAUGUAAUUUUUGAUGAAUUUUGACUCAAAAAUGAUGAAAAUUGAGGUUUUAUACCUUAAAAUGAUGAAAAAUCGAUAAUUUUCACUGGGAAAUGUCAAAUUUGCUUCCAAAUCCUAAUUAUAGUCUAAAAAUUGUGAAAAAUCAAUAAUUUUGAGCUGAAAUUGAUGAAAAUUUGAUUUUUGAUGAAUUUUGAGCUGAAAAUGAUGAAAAAUCGAUAUUUUUAUUGAAAUUAAUUGAAAAUUUGAUUUUUUAAAAUCCAAAAAUCGAUCGAUUUCAUCGGAAAAUUCCCAAAUUUGGCUCCAAAGUCUUAAAAUUUUCAAAAUUUUCAUGAAAAUCUUAAAUUUUUCAUCAUUUUUUCUCCAAAAAUCUUCGAAAAUUUCAGAAUUUUCCCGAUUUUUCCCCAAAAAAUCUUCGAAAAUUUCCAGUUUCACCCUUCACGAAUACCAAAAAAUCGGUGUAAAAUGGCUAAUUAUGAUGCACCAAAAAGAGCUCAACUCAAUUUUGGGCGAUGAAAUGGGACUCGGAAAAACCAUUCAAAUCGUCGCAUUUUUAUCGUAUUUGAAACAGUCUGGAAAAUCUGGACCACAUUUGAUUGUUGUACCAUCGUCAACUAUUGAAAAUUGGGUUGGAGAGUUUCAGAAGUGGUGUCCGAGUAUUAAGGUGAGAAAAAUCAUGAAAAAUGAGCCAAAAAUUGGGAUUUUUGGGCGAAAAUAGGCCUAGAAGGGCCUAAAAGGCCUAAAUAAGCCUGACUUAGCCUUUUUCCAGCUUCUCACAUAUUACGGAAAUCAAGACGAGCGCAAACAUCUUCGACAUCGCGUCAAAAAGCAAAAAGAUAAUGUGAGUUCGCGCGCGGGGAAAUAGCGCAGUGGUAGUGUGUUGAAUUGGCGAGCGCAAGGUCGCGAGUUCGAACCCCACUCGGCGCAGCCAUCUUUGUUUGAGUUAUCCCAUUAUCUUUUCAUUAGUGCGUUCUUGUCAAGCACUGAUGCCUUAAAAUGGGUGAGAUUGAAGCUGAACCUGACACCACCGAUUGAUUUGUGGAUUAUUGAUUGGUGUGAAAUGGUUCAGACGACAUUUUUUUUGGGGGUUUUUUUGGCUGGAAAUUUGGAAAAAUCUGGAAAUUUUGAGCCAGAAAUUGGGGAUUUUUUCUGAGAAUGUUUGAAGUUUUUUGGUGCCAAAAUUAAAAUUUCAAAAUUCUGAAUUUUUGAAUUUUGACCCGAAAGUGUGGAGUUUUGCUGAAAAUUUGGAAAUUUCAAGUUUUUCGCGGGAAUUUUUGCCACGUGGCAUUUUUUUGUUGUUGAAGAAUUUGAGAUUUUCUAAAAUUUGAAUUUUUUAAAUUUUCAAACUUCCCGCGUUGAUUUUUGGCGGGAAAUUUUGAAUUUUUGAAAAUUUGCGAUUUUUUGAGGCUAAAUUUGGGCAAAUUCAAAGUUUACAAAAAAAUUGAUUUUUUUUUGAAUUUUUAAACUUCCCGCGUUAAAUUUUUGGCGGGAAACUUUGAAUUUUUGAAGAAUUUGAGAUUUUUGAGGCUAAAUUUGGGCAAAUUCAAAAUUUACAAAAAAAAUCGAUUUUUUUUUGAAUUUUCAAAUUUUCCGCGUUGAUUUUUGGCGGGAAAUUUUGAAUUUUCAAAUUUUCCCGCGUUAAUUUUUGGCGGGAAAUUUUGAAUUUUUUGAAAAUUCUGAAAAAUUGCGAUUUUUGAAUUUUGACCUAAAAAUGUGGAUUUUUCGGCUAUUUUUUCCAGAAAUUUUGAAAAUUGAAUUUUUUUUUUUGGAAAGUUUUGAAUUUCUCAAAUUACCAGAAAUAUCUAUAUUUCCAGAUUUUCAGCCAAAAUUCACCUGAAAAUCCCAAAAAGCAUUUCAAGACUAAAUUUGUGCAUGUUUGAUAUCAAAAUGCUCCAAAUUUCGAGGAUUUUCAGAAUCCACGUGGAAUUUGGAGCAUUUCAAGACUAAAUAUGAGCAUGUUUGAUGUCAAAAUGCUCCAAAUUUUGAGGAUUUUCAGAAUCCACGUGGAAUUUGGAGCAUUUCAAGACUAAAUAUGAGCAUGUUUGAUGUCAAAAUGCUCCAAAUUUUGAGGAUUUUCAGAAUCCACGUGGAAUUUGGAGCAUUUUCAGCCAAAAUUCACCUCAAAAUUUGAUUCCAGAUCGAUGUAAUCUUGACGACUUAUAACAUGGUCACCUCAAAAACGGAUGACAAAAAAUUCUUCAAAAAUUUCUCGCUAAACUAUGUGAUUUAUGACGAAGGACAUAUGCUUAAAAAUUGCGAUUCGGAAAGAUAUCGCGGCCUGAUGAAAGUGAAAGGAAAACGAAAAAUAUUGCUGACCGGAACCCCGCUGCAAAAUAAUUUGAUCGAAUUAAUCUCGCUAAUGUAUUUUGUGCUCUCAAAAGUCUUCAAUAAAUAUUGCGAAGAUAUCACACAUCUACUACAACAUUUCAAACAAGUUGGACCGAGUUUGGAAUCAAAAGAUCGUGCAUUAUAUCAACAGGAUCGAAUUGAUGAGGCGAAGGCGAUUUUGCAACCGUAUAUUUUGAGAAGACUGAAAAAUCAGGUGUUGGGAAGUUUGCCGACGAAAACUGAGAGGAUUGUGGAGGUUGAGAUGAAGGAGAAGCAGCAGGAGAUUUAUGAGGAGAUUUUGGAGGCGUGAGUGGAUUUUUGGGAGGAAAUUGGGUCUAGCAGUGUUUCUAGGCUAAAAAAUUGAGCCCAGGAGGUGAUUUUUGAUUCAAAUUAGGUCUAGAAACUUUUUAGGCUGAAAAUACCCUGAAAUUGUGAUUUUUGAGUUCAAAUAGGCUCUAACAGUGUUUCUAGGCUGAAAAUUGGGCCUAGAGUCUGAAUUUUGGUCCAAAACAGGUCUAGGAGGUGAUUUUGGCCCCAAAUUAGGCCUAGAAACUGUGUUUGGGCUCAAAAUGCUAUGAAAUCUUGAUUUUUGAGCUCAAAUAAGCCCGAAAGGUGUUUCUGGGCUGAAAAUAAGCCUAGAAUGUGAUUUUAGGCUGAAAAUAAGCCUAGAAUCAUUUUUCUGGGCUGAAAAUGAGCCUAGAAUGUGAUUUUUGACUGAAAUUAGGCCUAUAACAUGUUUCUAGGCUGAAAAAAAGCCUAGAAGGUGAUUUUGGGCUGAAUAUGAGCCUAUGAGGUGAUUUUAGGCUGAAAAUAAGCCUAGAAUCUGAUUUUUGGUCUAAAUUAGGCCUAGAAACUGUUUUUAGGCUCGAAAUGCUCUGAUAUAUUGAUUUUUGAGCUCAAAUAGGCUCGAAAGGUGUUUCUAGGCUGAAAAAUUGGGCCUGGGAGUUGAUUUCUGGUCCAAAUUAGGCCUGGGAGAAGGUUUCUGGUUUAAAAUGAGCCUAGAACCAUUUUUUGGGCUGAAAUUAGGCCUGGGAGAGGGUUUUGGCCCCAAAUUAGGCCUAGAACACGUUUUUAGGCUGAAAAUAAGCCUAGAAACUGUUUCUGGGCUUAAAACAGGCCUGAAAUCACUAUUUUUGACCGAAAAAGGUCAUAAAGCCUAUGUUAAGCUUUUCCUAAAUUUUCAAGCUUAAAAUUGGUCUGAAAAUUCCAGCCAAAAACAAAAAUCAAUAAUUUUCCAGCCUUCGAAAUUCGGAUGAUUCUGGUGAAUCGUAUGGUUCUCUGAUGCGUCUACGACAAGCCGCAAAUCAUCCGCUUCUGAGAAGAUCACAUUAUGAUGAGGAUGUUUUGGACAAAAUUGCCAAAACGCUGUGUAAAAGGGUGAGGAUUUUUGGGUGAAAAUUGUGAUUUUUGGGUAGAAAAUUCGAGAUUUUUGGAUUUUUUCACCCGGAAAUGUGAUUUUUUGAGCAUUUUCAGCCAAAAUUCAUGAAAAUUGAAGAUUUUUGAGCCAAAAUUCAUGAAAAUUGAAGAUUUUUUCAGCCAAAAUUCAUGAAAAUUAUGGAUUUUAAGCCAAAAAUUCUGGAAAUUUUAUCUGAAAGCUUGAAUUUUUCAAAAAUUCUGGAAAUCUCGAAUUUUUCCUCAAAAAUAUCCUGAAAAGUCUGGAUUUUGAGCUGAUUUUCUGAAAAUUUUGGUUUUUGGCUGAAAAUUCUGGAAAUUUCAUCUGAAAACUUGAAUUUUUCGAAAAAUUCUGGAAAUCUCGAAUUUUCCGUCAAAAAUAUACAGAAAAGUCUGGAUUUUGAGCUGAUUUUUCAAAAAUUCAGAAAAAUUUGAUUUUGGGCUGAAAAUUCUGGAAAUUUUCACUUAAAAUUACACUGAAACCCCUAAAUUUCACCCUAAAAUCCCUAAAUUUCACCCUAAAAUCCCUAAAUUUCACCCUAAAACCCCUAAAUUUCACAAAUCUCCUUAAUUUUCUGAAGAAAAUUUUGAUUUUUGGCUGAAAAUUCUGGAAAUUUUAUCUGAAAACUUGAAUUUUUCGAAAAAUUUUUGGAAAUCUCUAAUUUUUCCUCAAAAAUAUCCUGAAAAGUCUGGAUUUUAAGCUGAUUUUCUAAAAAAUUCAGAAAAUUUUGAUUUUUGGCUGAAAAUUCUGGAAAUUUCAUCUGAAAACUUGAAUUUUUCCUCAAAAAUCAACAAAAAUUCUGGAUUUUAAGCCGAAAAUUCAUCGAAUUUUCACUGAAAUGAUCUAAAUUUCACCCUAAAACCCCUAAAUUUCACCCAAAACCCCCUAAAUCUCACCCAAAAAUCCCCCUAAUUUUCUGAAGAAAAUUCUGGAAGAACAUUUUGGUUUUGGGCUGAAAAUUCAGAAAAUUUCAUCUGAAAACUUGAAUUUUUCAAAAAAUUCUGGAAAUUUUGGUUUCGGGCUGAAAAUUCUGGAAAAUUCAUCAAAUUUUCUAGAUUUUUGGUCAAAAUUACACUAAAAUUACCCUAAAAUCCCUAAAUUUCACCCGAAAACCCCUAAAUUUCUGCAGGAAAAAACGUAUGAAUCCAAAAACUGGCAUCACAUUUCCGAAGACUUAUCCUAUCUCUCCGACAUCAAAAUCCAUCAACUCUGCGAGAAAUUCCCAUGCAUCGCAAAAUAUCAACUCGAUGAAAAAUUCGCGUUGGAAAGCGGGAAAAUCGAUAAACUCGAUGAAAUGUUGCCGGAAAUUCAGAAAUUAGGAGAUAAAGUUCUGAUAUUCUCACAAUUCACAUCAAUGUUGGAUAUUUUAGAGGUUUAUCUGGGGAUUCGAGGAUAUUCAUAUAAGAGAUUAGAUGGGCAGACACCAGUUAUGGAACGGCAGGAAAUGAUUAAUGAAUUUAAUGUAACUCCAAAUCGGGAACUGUUUGUAUUCUUGUUAUCUACAAAAGCUGGAGGAUUGGGAAUUAAUUUGACGAGUGCAAAUCAUAUUAUUAUACAUGAUAUCGAUUUUAAUCCCUAUAAUGAUAAACAGGCGGAAGAUAGAUGUCAUCGAAUGGGACAAUUGAAGAAUGUGCAUGUGACACGGCUUGUUAGCAAGAGGACGGUGGAAUUGGGAAUGUUGGAGUUGGCGAAGAAGAAGUUGAAGUUGGAGAAACAGGUGACAGGUUAGUGAGAGCAUUUUGGGGGGGGGGGGGGGGAGAUUUUGGGGUUCUGAGCUCGAAAUUUGGUUUUGACAUCGAAUAUGCUCAUAUUUAGUCUUGAAAUGCUCCAAAUUCCACGUGGAUUCUGAAAAUCCUCGAAAAUCCGCGUGGCCGCGUUCGCGGAAGACAGUGCCGCUUACGCGGAAGCUUGCGGUUUACACUCGCUCCGCUCGACCCGAGCGCUGUUCGCGAGUGUAGACCGCGAGCUUCCGCGUCAGCGGCACUGUCUUCCGCGAACGCGGCCACGUGGAUUGCUAUGACGUGGCAAGGGAUCAUAGCAAUCCGCGUGUCCGCGUUCGCGGAAGACAGUGCCGCUUACGCGGAAGCUUGCGGUUUACACUCGCGCAAAGCGCUCGGGUCGAGCGAAGCGAGUGUAAACCGCGAGCUUCCGCGUCAGCGGCACUGUCUUCCGCUUUAGCGGCCACGUGGAUUGCUAUGACGUGGCAAGGGAUCAUAGAAAUCCGCGUGUCCGCGUUCGCGGAAGACAGUGCCGCUUACGCGGAAGCUUGCGGUUUACACUCGCGCAAAGCGCUCGGGUCGAGCGAAGCGAGUGUAAACCGCGAGCUUCCGCGUCAGCGGCACUGUCUUCCGCUUUAGCGGCCACGUGGAUUGCUAUGACGUGGCAAGGGAUCAUAGAAAUCCACGUGGCCGCUAAAGCGGAAGAUAGUGCCGCUGACGCGGAAGCUUGCGGUUUACACUCGCUUCGCUCGAAAAUUGAAAAUCCCUAAAAUUUCAAUGAAACCUUUUUUGGCUGAAAUUUUGUGCUGAAAAUCAUGAAAUCCUUGAUUUUCAGCGAUUUUCAGUGAAUCCAUGAUUUUCAGCGCAAAAUUUGAGUCAAGAAAAAAUUUGAAGCAUUUUGACAUCAAACAUGCUCAUAUUUAGUCUUGAAAUGCUCCAAAUUCCACGUGGAUUCUAAAAAUCCUCGAAAUUUGGAGCAUUUUCAUAUCAAACAUGCUCAUAUUUAGUCUUGAAAUGCUCCAAAUUCCCCAUUUUUGCAGACGGUGUAAAAGGACAAUUGGACGAAAAUGAGGUGAUCAAAGAGGAAGACGAUGAAAUUGAUGGCGAAAAAAAGAAGGUGGACAAGAAUGAAGUGAGCAAUUUGUUGGCGUCGGCUCUCGGCAAAAAAUGAGCCGGAAAAUCGAAUUUUUGAGCAUUUUUGAGCUGGAAAUUGAUGAUUUUUGCCUAUUUUUUGACCUAAAAUUGUGAAUUUUUGACCUAAAAUACCGUAUUUUCAGCCCAUUUUUUUGUUGUUAAAUUGCACGAUCUCUCCUCCUUUUUUCAUAUUUUCUUAAAAAUUUUGAAUUUAUUUUUUUCCCCCCAGUUUUAUUCAUUUUUUUGUGUGACUCUACGAGUUUUUUUUCUGUGAAAAUCGAUUUUUUCCCGAAUUUUACAUCCAAAAAUCGUGAUUUCUAUCGAUUUUUUAUAUCUAAAAAUUUUGAAAAUUUGAAUUUUUCAAGGGUUUUUCAGGCAUUUUUUGAUGGGAAAAAUUGAGGAUAUUUGUGAUCGAUAUUUGGCGAGACGAGAGGAGCAAGUUAAGGUAACUUUUUUUUUUGAAAAUUCUGAAAAUUUGCGAUUUUUUGAGUCUAAAUUUGGCCAUUUUUCACAAAAUUAUCGAUUUUUUUUUUCGAUUUUUCAAAUUUUCCCACAAAAAAAAUCGAUUUUUUUGAAUUUUCAAAUUUUCCGCGUUGAUUUUUGGCGGGAAAAUUUGAAUUUUUUGAAAAAUUGCGAUUUUUUGAGUCUAAAUUUGGGCAAAUUCGAAGUUUUCCCACAAAAUUAUCGAUUUUUUUUUGAAUUUUCAAAUUUUCCGCGUUGAUUUUUGGCGGGAAAUUUUGAAUUUUUGAAAAUUUCCGAUUUUUUCAGUCUUAAUUUGGUAAAAUUCAAAUUUUCCCACAAAAUUAUCGAUUUUUUUGAAUUUUCAAAUUUUCCCGCCAAAAUUUAGACACGUGGAUUUUUUCGCGCGAAAUUCAAAUUUUUAUCGAUUUUUUCAGGUUACUGAAGCGGUUGAGCGAUGUUUGAAGAAGGGAUAUGAUUAUGAGAAAUUGAAGGUGAGCAUUUUUGGGGGCUGAAAAUCUGGAAAGCUGAAAUUUUGGCUGAAAAUCUUGAAAAUUCUGAAAAUUCCCGAUUUUUUGAACCAAAAUUGAUGGAAAUUGAAGAAUUUCAAGAUUUCCAGGUCAAAUUUCAUCAAAAAUUCGAAAUUUUCAGUCAAAAUUGAUGAAAUUUUAAGAUUUUCAGUCAAAAAUCUCCGAAAUUUCAGACACGAGUUCAAGACGCAGUAAGUGAUUCACAUUUAGCCUCAAAAGUGAUAAAUGCAGUUGUCGACUACUAUCCACAAUUGAGAAAACGACAAUUUCGAGACAAUGAUGAGGAAAAAGAUAGGAAAAGGUGUGUUUUUCGGGAUUUUUGGGGAUUUUUGAGCUAAAAUCUGAAAUUUUUGAGCAUUUUUGACCUAAGAAUCAUGAAAUUUGGAUUUCUAGGCCAUUUUUUGGGUUUCUAGGCCAUUUUUCGGGUUUCUAGGCCAUUUUUGGGUUUCUGGGCCAUUUUUUGAAUUCCUAGGCCAUCCUUUGGGUUUCUAGGCCAUUUUCAGGGUUUCUAGGCCUUUUUUCCGGUUUAUAGGCCAUUUUUUGGGUUUCUAGGCCAUUUUUUGGGUUUCUAAGCCACAUUUUGGGUUUCUAGGCCAUUUUUUCAAUUUCUAGGCCAUUUUUUGGGUUUCUAGGCCAUUUUUUGAAUUCCUAGGCCAUAUUUUGGUUUUCUAGGUCAUAUUUCGGGUUUCUAGGUCAUAUUUCGGGUUUCUAGGCCAUUUUUUGAGUUUCUAGGCCAUUUUUCAAAUUUCUAGGCCAUUUUUGGGUUUCUAGGCCAUUUUUUGGGUUUCUAGGCCAUUUUUUGGGUUUUUAGACCAUUUUUUGGGUUUCUAGUCCAUAUUUUGGGUUUUUAGGCCAUUUUUCGGUUUCUAGGCCAUUUUUUGGGGUUUCUAGGCCAUAUUUGGGUAUCUAGACCAUUUUCUGGGUUUCUAGGCCAUUUUUUGGGUUUCCAGGCCAUUUUUCGAGUUUCUAGGCCGUCAUUUGGGUUUCUAGGCUAUCCACGUGGCAUUUUCAGUCCAACUUUUUUUUUUGCAGAACCCGAGACCGCAGCCGUGACCGAGAUCGUUCUAGCAAAAAAUCCAAACCCGACCCGGAAAAAUCACCGCAAAAAAGUGGUACGGUAGCCGUGACGGAAGACGCGUUGCGUGCCAAAGAAUUGAUCUAUCGAGCACAGCAGGAAAUUGAGGAGAAGAAGCGGAAAAUGGCCGCAGGCGUCGCGAAUUUGACGCAUGCGUCAAAAGCGAUGACGCCUGCGACAGCCGCAGGCGGCAAAGCUGUUGCGUUGGGCAGAGAAGAGGCGCAAAUGUUUAUGAGUGUUUCGAUGGACAAAAAAUCGCGAAUGGAGAUGUUGAAGGCGAAAUUGGCGGCGAAAACGCCGCGACUCGGUGAGAUUUUGCCGCCGCCGGCGAUGCCUGCGACGCCGCAGGCGGAAUUUGCGGUGGAGAAAAAGGAGGUUUUGGAAAAGGAGCCGGCUGCUGGGAAGGAGAAGAUUUUGGAGUAUUUGGAUCCGAGAAUUGAUUUGAAAUCGGCUGAACGGUAAGGGUUUUUGGGCCGGGGAAAAUUUGGGAAAUUUUGAGCCUAAAUAUGGUCUGGAAAGCCUGGAAUUUAGGCUGAAAAUUCGCUGAAAUUCCGGAUUUUCGAGCUUAGAUUUGGGCUGAAAAUCUGGAUUUUUCAGCUAGAAAAUCUGGAAUUUUUGAUCUACAAAAUUGGAAUUUCAAGGCUUCAAACCCUGCUGGAAAUUCUGGAAAUUUUGAGCCUAAAUAUGGUCUAGAAAGCCUGGAAUUUAGGCUAAAAAUUUGGUGGAAAUUCUGGAAAUUUUGAGCCUGAAAUCGGCCCGAAAAUCUAGGCUUUUUUCCAGUCAUAAUUUGGUCCUGAAAAUCUGAAAAUUCUGGACCUAAAUUAGGCUUUUCUGGCCCAAAUUCAUACUGAAAAUCUGGGCUUUUUGUAACGUGAAUUUGAGUCUGAAAAUCCGGAAAUUUCGGACUGAAAAUCUGAGAAUUUUUGAAGCCUAAAUUUGGCCUGAAAAUUUAGCUUUUUCUAACCCAAUUUUGAGCCUGAAUUUCUAGGCUUUUUCCAGCCAUAACUUGGUCCUGAAAAUCUGGAAAUUCCGGACCUAAUUUAGACUUUUCUGGCCCAAAUUCAUACUGAAAAUCUGGGCUUUUUCUAACCUAAAUUUGAGCCUGAAAAUCUGGAUUUUCGAGCCUAGAUUUGGGCUGAAAAUUCGCUAAAAAUCUGAAAAUUUUGAGCCUAAAUAUGGUCUAGAAAGUCUGGAAUUUAAGCUGAAAAUCUGGAAUUUUUAGUUAAAUUUAGGCUUAAAAUCCUGCUGGAAAUUCUGGAAAUUUUGAGCCUGAAAUCGGCCCGAAAAUCUAGGCUCUUCUGGGCCCAAAUUUGUGCUAGAAAAUUUAUUAAUUUUAAGCCUAAAUUUGAGCCUGGAAAUUGACUUACGAUCAAGUGUUUCUAGCCUAGAUAUGUCUUGAAAAUUCAGCUCAAAAAAUUCUGAAAAUUCCAGAUUUUCAGCUCUAAAAUUAUAGCUAAAAACCUAGACUAUUAAGGCCGACUUUAAGCCUGAAUUCAAGGCUUAAUAAGCCUAAAACUGAGCCUCCAAUAAGGCCUAAAUUUGAGCUAAUAUUUGAGACGUCUAAAAUUGGGCCAAGCCUGAUUUUCAGUCCGAUUUUCAGCUCCAAAAUUCAAAUUUUCCAGUCGUCGCCGCGGUUUCGCGUUCCACGAAAAAGGCGAAUUCGAAAAACUCGCCAACAAACAACGUGCUCUCGCCAAACUCGAACGACUCCAAAACGAAGUAUCAUCGGCUGCAAAAUCUACGGGAAUCUCGUCAGCCGUCAAAUUGGCAAUGGUUACACCGUCUGGAACAGCUGGAAAAGCUGACAAUUCAAUUGUGCCCGAUAUUGAGUGGUGGGAUACGUUGGUUUUGGAUAAAUUGAAGUGAGUUGAGCCCAGAUUUGUCUGGGCUUCAAUUUGAGCCUAAAUAAGCCUAUAUUCAAAAAAGCCUAAUUUCAAGCCUGAAUUUAGCCUAUAUUCAAGCCUAUAUUCAAGCCUAGCUUAAGGCCUGAAUUUCGGCCCAGAAUCAAGGCUAAUUUCAAGCCCAGACUAGCCUGAAUUUGGGCCUAGAAACAAGGCUAAUUUCAAGCCUAAAAUUAAGCCUAUUCAACCUGAAGCUUAUACAACCUAAAGCCUGAAAUUUUGGCCUAGAAUCAAGCCCAGAGAAGCCUGAAUUUAGGCCUGAAUUUCGGCCUAGAUAAGCCUGAAAUUAAGCCUAGAUAAGCCUGAAAAAGCCUAAGCCUAUUCAACUUGAAGCCUGAAAUUAAGGCUGAUUUUAAGCCUAGAUAAUAAGCCUGAGAUCAAGCCUAUUUAGUCUAGCUUGAGGUCUGAAUUUAGGUCUAACUUUCAAGCCUAAUUUCAAGCCUAGACGAGCCUUAAUUUAGGCCAGACUUUCAAGCCUAGAUAAGCCUAGCUUAUGAAAAGCCUGAAUUUGGGCCUAGUUUUAGCCUCAAAUGAGCCUAUUCAACCUUGAAGCCUAUACAACCUAAAGCCUGAAAUUUAGGCCUGAAAUUUAAGCCUAGACGAGCCUGAAUUUAAGCCUAGAGAAGCCUAGCUUAAGGCCUGAAUUCAAGCCUAGACGAGCCUAUAAUUAAGCCUAGGUUCAAGCCUGAAAUUAGACCUAUUUAUCCUAGCUUGAGGCCUGAAUUUAGGUCUAACUUUCAAGCCUAAUUUCAAGCCUAGACGAGCCUUAAUUUAGGCCAGACUUUCAAGCCUAGAUAAGCCUAGCUUAUGGCCUGAAUUUGGGCCUAGUUUUAGGCCUGAAUUUAAGCCUAACCUAAAGCCUGAAAUUAAGCCUAGACGAGCCUGAAUUUAGGCCUAGAGAAGCCUAAUUUUAAGCCUGAAUUCAAGCCUAGACGAGCCUAUAAUUAAGCCUAGGUUCAAGCCUGAAAUUAGACCUAUUUAUCCUAGCUUGAGGCCUGAAUUUAGGUCUAACUUUCAAGCCUAAUUUCAAGCCUAGACGAGCCUUAAUUUAGGCCAGACUUUCAAGCCUAGAUAAGCCUAGCUUAUGGCCUGAAUUUAGGCCUAGAAUCAAGGCUAAUUUCAAGCCUAGAUAAGCCUGAAAAAGCCUAAGCCUAUCCUGAAAUUUAGACCUAAUUUCAAGCCUAAAAUAAGGCCUAUUCAAACUGAAGCCUAUCCAACUUAAAGCCUGAAUUUAGGCCUGAAUUUAAGCCUAGACGAUCCUGAACUUAGGCCUAAUUUUGAGCCUAAAACACAUGAAACUUAGCCUAAAAUCAAGCCUGAAUUUGAGCCUAGAUAAGCCUGAAAAAGCCUAAGCCUAUCCUGAAAUUUAGACCUAGACGAGCCUACAAUUAAGCCUAGGUUCAAGCCUGAUUUAAAAAAAAAAUUCGAGCCUAAAACACAUGAAACUUAGCCUAAUUUCAAGCCUGAAUUUAGGCCUGAUUUCAAGCCUAAUUAGCCUAGAUGUUUUGCAGCUACGACGAGAUUCCCGAAGCAUCAGAUGCUGAUCGAUAUUCUCAAACAAUAUCCGAACUAGUCGAACAUCCAAUCUCACUUCGACCACCAACAGAUCCACUAGUUCCACAAUAUUUGAAAGUAUAUUUGACAACCAAAGAACGCAAAAAGAUUCGGCGACAAAAUCGAAAAGAAGUGCUGAAAGAGCGGACUGAAAAGAUCAGAUUGGGGCUGGAAAAAGCGCCGGAAGCCAAAGUGAAAAUUGGAAAUUUGAUGCGAGUUCUGGGAAAUGAGGCGAUUCAAGAUCCGACGAAAAUGGAGGCGCAUGUGAGGAAACAAAUGGCGGAGCGGUUGAAAAAACAUGAGACAUUGAAUGCUGAGAGGAAAUUGACGGAUGAUCAGAAGAAGGCGAAAAAGACGAAGAAAUUGGCGGAGGAUACGAGUACGGCGGUGAAUGUUGCGGUUUAUCGGUAAGUUUUUUUUUUUGGGGGGUUUUUGAGCCGAAAAUUCGGGUUUUUCAUGCAAAAUUGGCCCCGGACCUUGAAAAUUGGAUUUUUCAUGAAAAAUUGAGCCCUGGGGCUCUUUUUGAGCUUGAACAUCAAUAUUUAUUGAUUUUUCAUGAAAUUUUGAGCCCUGGGGCUCUUUUUGAGCUAAAAAUUCGGUUUCCCGUGCAUUUUUUGACCUGGGGAUUUGAAAAAUGCGAUUUUUUAUUAAAAUUUGGGUCCAGGACUGAUUUUUGAGCUUCAACAUCAAAAUUUAUCGAUUUUUCAUGAAAUUAUGAUCAGGGAGCGAUUUUUAAUGCAAAAAUUCGUGUUUUUCAUGAAAAAUUGACACCAGGUGGUCUAGAACUUCGAAAAAUCGAUGAUUUUCGACCUUGAAACCUUAAAAAUUGAAUUUUUCAUCAAAUUUUAGUUCUAGGAAGGAUUUUUAGCCAAAGUUAAUAUUUUUUUACGAAUUUUUGAGUCUACAGAAAUUUAUCGAUUUUCAUCAAAAAUUCGAUUUGGUGGGUUAAUUUGACCCAAAAUUCAGGUUUCUAACGAUUUUCGGACCCCUACAUCUUGAAAAUUGAAUUUUUCGUGAAAUUUUGAGCAAAAAUAUCGAUUUUUGGUGAUUUUUUGACCGCUAGAGCUAGAAAAAUUGGAUUUUUUCAUCAAAAAUUGAUGCUGUGGCUACAUUUUGAGCCAAAAAUCCCAUUUUUUUUGUUUUUGACUUGAAAAAUUAGCCGCGGAAAAUGUACGUUUCAAAAUAUUCAAAUAUGUUUUUGAGUUUUUUUCAUCAGUGAUACCUCUCCAACGUGCGGAUCGAUUUAAAGUUGGAAUUUUAAGUAUGAAAAUGGUGGCCUAGUUUUUCAUAAAUCUGGAAAACUAGGCCAAAAAUGGGCCAAAUUUUGAGCGAUUCCAAAUUUGACCUGAAAAUUCCAAAUUUUCACCUAAAAAUCUGAAAUUUUCAGUGUAAAAUCUCUAACUCAUCCAUCCAAAAAAUUCAAAGUCGAAACCAACGCGAAACAAUUGCAAAUGUCCGGAGCAAUUAUGAUGCACAAAGCACAAAAUAUUGUGGUUGUUGAAGGCGGACCGAAACAGCAGAAGUUCUACAAAAAUCUGAUGUUGAAUCGAAUCAAAUGGUCCGAUGAGAUUAUUGGACAGAAAAAAGAGGCGGAAAAAGAUGCGCCCGGAGAGAGGAAUUUGUGUGAAAUGGUAAGGAUUUUUUGGGAUUUUCAGAUGCCACGUGGAAUUUGGAGCAUUUUGAGACCAAACACAGCUAUAUUUGAGCUCAAAAUGCUCCGAAUUUCGAGGAUUUUCAGAAUCCACGUGGAAUUUGGAGCAUUUUGAGCCCAAACACAACUAUAUUUGGGCUCAAAAUGCUCCAAAUUUCGAGCACGUGGAAUUUGGAGCAUUUUGAGCCCAAACACAACCAUAUUUGAGCUCAAAAUGCUCCAAAUUUCGAGGACGAGGAAUUUGGAGCAUUUCAAGACUAAAUAUGAGCAUGUUUGAUGUCAAAAUGCUCCAAAUCUCAAUCUGAAUUCCGGAUUUUCAGAAUCCACGUGGAAUUUGGAGCAUUUCAAGACUAAAUAUGAGCAUGUUUGUGCUCAAAAUGCUCCAAAUUUCCCGCUGAACCCGAUUUUUUGCCUUUCAGAUUUGGGAAGGUCAAGUGAAGCGUCGAAAUUUCAAAGAUUUCCAAGUGCACACGGCACAACUCGAAAAACAGGCUCGCGAAUUUUUCGAAAAACACGGUGUCGCACAAUAUUGGGACCUGUGCUACAGUACUACCGUACUCCUCGAAGGACAGGAUGUUCUACCGACUGCCUAG